AUGUACCUGGCGGCCGGAUUACUCAACAUCAUGGAUAUCACGCUCCAGCAUGAAUACCUGCAGGAGUACUACCAGAGUGCGGCCGGUUUGGGCAACUUCUCCGGCACACUUCCGUACGGGCUCGGUGGCCUGCCACCGAAUGGGAGCGGGUUGCAGGGUGCGGCGGACACGAACGGCUCGGAGGUUACCAUAGCCGCCCCAGGACACACCGACUCCACCGUGGCCGUCAUCAUCGUGUACUGCGUCCUGUUUGUGAUAGCGGCCGGUGGCAACCUGUCCGUUGUUAUAACGCUCUUCCGCUCCCGGCGACAUCGUCGUUCGCGCGUCAGCCUCAUGAUCUGCCAUUUGGCGGUGGCCGACCUGAUGGUAGCGUUCAUCAUGAUACCGCUGGAGGUCGGCUGGCGCAUCACGGUGCAGUGGCACGCCGGAAACGUGGCUUGCAAGGUGUUUCUAUUCAUGCGAGCCUUCUGCCUCUACCUUAGCUCCAAUGUGCUGGUGUGCGUAUCGCUCGAUCGUUGCUUUGCUGUGAUAUAUCCUUUACGUGUGUCGGCCGCACGCAAACGGGGCAAGAUCAUGCUCGGUGGAGCCUGGUUCAUUGCCUUCGUCAACGCCAUGCCGCAGAGCAUCAUUUUCCGCGUCCAGCAGCAUCCGCAGGUGCCCAACUUUACGCAGUGCGUCACCUUCGGCUUCUUCCCUACGCCCGGCCUCGAAACGGCGUACAACCUGUUCUGCGUGAUAGCGAUGUACUUCCUGCCGCUGAUGAUCAUCAGCGGUGCGUACACUGUGAUCCUGUGCGAAAUCUCCAACCGCUCCAGAGAAAAAGAAACAAGCGAUUCCAACACCACCGGAACGUUGCGCCUGCGAUGCAACGAUCUGACCCACAUCGAGCGAGCCCGUCAGCGCACGUUGCGCCUUACCAUCACCAUCGUGGUAGUCUUCGUCUGGUGCUGGACGCCGUACGUCGUCAUGACACUCUGGUACAUGUUCGACCGGGAAAGUGCUUCGAAGGUGGAUGUGGCCGUGCAGGAUGGUCUGUUCCUGAUGGCCGUCUCCAACUCCUGCAUGAAUCCACUCGUUUACGGUUCGUACGCGAUGAAAUGUCGAUUGCCCUGCCGGCGCCGGAACUCGCCCGGAGGUGUCCAAACCCCGAACGCGGCUCAACGACGAUCCACUGACGCGGUUUCCGGCAUUAUUGGACCACACUCAGACCGGCUGACCGGACGGGAUAAUAAGGACGAGCUACUGGUUGCAGACCAACGCAGCAUUACGAUGAAUCAUCUCUCGCAGAACGGGGGAAUCGCACUACUCCAAUCGGCAGCUUCCCAGUUGCGAUCGACUGGUGGCGUAGGAUUGACUACCGGAGCGGGUGCGAGUGGCACUAUAGUAGGGACGACCACAGCGACGACUCGAUUCUGCAACCGCUUCAGCAACGGCAUCACCAACGGCAGUAAUUAUCACACCAAUACGGCCCGGCUCAUCUGCGGAGGCACCAAACCAGCGACAUCUGGCGCCCACCGGAAGGGCGGGGGUGAGAAGCACCACUCUCGAACGAGCUACUGGCCGGGAGGAGGUAGCGGGAAGGGUGUUUGCCAACCCAGCUACAGCGAGUUCGCUAUGCUGGCUGACGAACACUCGCUGAUGCUAUCGCGACCCUCGUUCUACUCCGACCCGACCCCGCACGAGCUCGACUCCUCGAUGGAGUGCGGGUUAACACGAAGCCUCGACACGGGCGGCUGGCGAUGAUGACCUCCACGGUAGUGCAUGCUUCGACGAUGGUCGUCCGUUUCCCGUACUAGUCACUUCUUCUGCUUGUGCUGAUCGGAACCACCUGCUUCACCAUCCAGAUGACGGAUGGAUCGAUCGCACUGCGGGACAC